UAUCCUCUUCUGCUUCAUGGAUAUGUAAUGUCUUAAAGUUUUCAAGUUCUUUUGUGUCAGCAACAGAAACACAAUGUGGAGAGCCGUGCAUCAAGGUUACUAUGAGCUGCCCGACCCGUACCUGAGCCAGUACCCGUACCAAUACCAGUACCAGUACUAUCCGGGUUACCUGAUGGGUCCAGGCCAGUACAACGACCUGAUCAUGGACAAUGCAAUCUACGGGUCGGACGAGUUCCGGAUGUACGCCUACAAGGUCAAGCGGUGCCCUCGCAUGCGCAGCCACGACUGGACCGAGUGCCCCUACGCCCACCGUGGUGAAAAGGCACAGAGGCGCGACCCGCGCCAGUACUUGUACGCCGCAAUCGCGUGCCCCGCGUACCGGAACGGGAGGUGCCACAAGGGGGACCUCUGCGACCUCUCGCACGGCGUGUUCGAGUACUGGCUCCACCCAGACAGGUACCGCACCCGCGCAUGCAAUGGGACACCGCAUUGCAUGCGCAGGGUGUGCUUCUUCGCGCACACCCCUGACGAGCUUCGCCCCGAGCCCGAAUUUUACCCGCGCAAGUUCUAUGUGCCGCAUCCGUACGAUCAGUACCCUCGCCGCCCGUACCGUCCUCAUAACUGUGCGUACCGGGCAGUUCCGGUGGGGAGGGGGAUGUACGGAGGCGGACAUCGAGGUGGUAGGUCAGCGACCGUGGAGGAGUAUGAGAUGAUACUGAAGAACAAGAAGAUUAUGGACGAGUCUUUUGAAAAGGUGGAGAGUUUCCUGAACAAUCUGAGGUCCUUGACGCUGAGUGAUGAGCCUUUCGAAUUCGAAGACGAGAUUGAGGCGAUGGAUAAUUAUGAGAUGGUAGAGGCAGCACCAUCGGUUUCGGAGCUGCCGGAGUUCGACUGGGUUACAGAGCUGUUGCAGUAAAUAAUUCUCUCAUUAGAGAGAGAAGGACAUUCUCAUUAUGGGGGUCGCUGUGUGAAGAAGAUUAGUGUCUGUAUGUAUUUUCAGUUUGCCGUGUUUGAAUUUCAGUGUAUGUACGAGUCGUCGUCGUCGUUUGGUGGUCAACCAGUGUCGUGUGUUGUAGUAAUAUUGUGGGUUUGAAGCUAUGUAUGUGUAAUGUAAUGAAAUAAAUAACAUGUAAAUCAUGUUCAGCUGAAUCCCUUGUAAAUGUGGACUUUAGUCCCUCUUUAUGUAAAGAAGGGUCAGCUCAAUCAAUAAGUUAACAAUAAUGUUCUCCUUC